CCAUCGAGGACAACACAGACCUUUGCUAUCACUUCACGAUUUACACACAACCAUAAUGAGCACCAAGACUAUUCAAUUGAAGGCCUAUCAGGACCAGAAGCCUGGAACUUCUGGACUUCGCAAGAAGGUCAAGGUGUUCCAGCAAGAGAAUUACAGCGAAGCUUUCGUCGCCAGCAUCCUACUCUCGAUUCCAGAGGGAGUUGAGGGAAGCACACUGGUCAUCGGUGGAGACGGGCGAUAUUGGAACCCAGAAGUUACUCAGCUGAUUGCAAAGAUUGGCGCCGCGUACGGUGUCAAGAAGCUUAUCAUUGGCCAAAAUGGUAUCAUGAGCACUCCCGCCGCCAGCCAUCUCAUCAGAAUCCGCAAAGCGACUGGCGGAAUCCUUCUGACUGCUAGUCACAAUCCUGGAGGUCCCACCGAAGAUUUCGGUAUCAAAUACAACCUCGCCAAUGGUGCCCCGGCACCAGAAAGUGUCACCAACCAGAUCUACGAAACUUCCAAGACGCUAUCCUCGUACAAGAUUGCCGAAAUCCCAGAUAUCGACCUGACUUCGAUCGGCUCGAAUACCUAUGGCUCCCUCGAAGUUGAGAUUGUACACUCCACCAAAGACUACCUGGAAAUGUUGAAGGAUAUCUUCGACUUUGAUCUCAUCAAGGCGUUUUUGAAAGAGCACUCAGAUUUUAAGAUCCUUUUUGACGGUCUGAGUGGUGUAACAGGAUCAUAUGGUGUGGACAUCUUCGAGAAGGAACUUGGUCAACCAGGCAGUACACAGAAUUGUGUGCCCAAGCCAGACUUUGGUGGUCAUCACCCAGAUCCAAAUCUUGUUUACGCAAAGUCUCUAGUAGACGCUGUGAACAAGAAUGGUGUGCAUUUCGGUGCUGCUAGUGACGGUGAUGGUGACCGCAACAUGAUCUAUGGAGCAAACACAUUCGUCUCACCUGGCGACAGUCUUGCCAUCAUCGCUCACCAUGCCAAGCUCAUACCAUACUUCAAAAAACAGGGUGUAUAUGGUCUAGCUAGGAGUAUGCCAACGUCAGGCGCUAUUGACUUGGUUGCCAAGAAGCAGGGUCUUCAGAGCUACGAAGUGCCCACUGGAUGGAAAUUUUUCUGUGGUCUUUUCGAUUCCAACAAAAUGAACAUCUGCGGCGAGGAGAGUUUUGGUACAGGUAGUAACCACAUUCGAGAGAAAGACGGACUUUGGGCUGUUGUCGCUUGGCUAAAUAUUAUUGCCGGCGUCGGGCAGCAGACGGGCACCACGCCUAGCAUCGCAUCAAUUCAGAUGGAUUUCUGGAAGACUUAUGGCCGUACGUUUUUUACACGGUACGAUUAUGAAGGAUGCGAGUCCGAUGGGGCGAACAAAGUGGUCGCCCACAUGAAGGAGCUCAUAACCACAAAGAAGGGCGAGUUCGUCGGCUCGACCAUCGCCGGGCGCAAGGUACUUGAGGCGGAUGAUUUUUCCUACACCGACCUCGAUGGCAGUGUGAGUAAGAAUCAAGGCAUUUACGUCAAAUUCGACGACGGCAGCCGCAUUGUGGUCCGUCUCUCAGGUACAGGUAGCAGUGGUGCAACCAUCCGUCUUUACAUCGAGAAACAUGAGACGAACGAAGCGACGUACGAGUUAGACGCUCAAGAAUAUCUCAAGGAUAACGUCAAGCUAUCGACAGACCUACUCAAGCUCCAGGAGUUCAUUGGCCGUACUGAACCUGAUGUCAAGACCUAGAGGUUACGUCUAGAAUCGUGUUCUCGAGUGCUAGCGUGUUUCUACCGUUUUUGCACUUUAGCGGGGACAAAGGCUGAUAGACAUCUUAUGAUAUUACGAUAUGUAAUUAGUCCUUUACAAAAACUAUAAUAGGAAGAAAUAUUCCCUUCGUUCUUCGAUACGUUCGUAGGGUUGAAUAAUGCCUACAAACCCCUAUAUCAAUUGAUCCCUUAUGGGCCAUAAAAGUUCAUAAAGAAAGACUUAUAUACACAUUUAUUUUUAUUACUAUAUCCUGUAAUAUAGUCACGUCGUACAUGUUGUCCACC